AUGUCAAGCCCCACCCCUCAAUCCCUUCCCAAUGUAUUUGAAACCAAUCCGUACGAAGAUCAUUCAAGUCUCUCUCCAACCGAGGCUGCUGUUUUGUGGGAAUACGCGAAGCUCGCCGAGAAUGUUAAGCAGUUAACCUUAAAGGCGCGAAAUCUUACAGAAGAGCCCGAUGAGAUGCUCGUAGCUCGACUGAGAUCAUUGGAGAAGAAAAUGGGAUUGGUCUUUACACUCUUCAAAGCAUCCGUGUGGGGUGUAAUCAAUGAACAGCCAGUAGAAUCGUCCUAUGGUUACAAUGAUUCCGGUUCAGGCGAUUUUGUGGGAGAGGAAACAGUUAGACAAUAG